AUGAACGAACAUGACCAGAUCCUGAAGCCGACCAACCGGAAGCCCAAUCGGCAGGACAAUCGGGAUACUGGCAAAUUCUGUCGAUAUCACCAGCAGAACAGCCACAAUACCGAAGACUGCAUCAGUCUGAGGAAAAUUGUCGAGCGCCUGAUUCGGGAAGGAAAGUUGGAUCAGUACCUUGCCAGGCCGCCGCAGGCCCCGGCACCAAACGCGAAUCGGCAGAUCAACAUGAUCAACACGAUCAGCGGUGGCCCCACCCUGGCGGGACCCUCUAACCGUUCGGUGAAGCAGUAUGUGCGUGCCGCCCACUGCCCUCAGGUCUUCGGCAUAGAGGACGAUCGGUACCGAAAGUUGCCGAAGGUGGGAUGGGAACCCAUCACGUUUAGCGAAGAAGAGGAGGAGGGGAUCAUCUACCCCCACGACGACCCAAUGAUCAUUCGGGCCGAGAUCGCCGAUUACGACGUGGGUCGGGUGCUGAUUGACACCGGAAGCUCGGUGAAUGUAAUCUUUGCCGAUGCGUUCAAGGGACUGGGAAUUGCCGACAGCAUGGUCAAUCGGCAAAUCACGCCUCUCCUCAGUUUCUCUGGAGAUCUGGUGCAACCGGUCGGCAGCAUCAGUCUGCCCAUCGCCUUCGGCGUGGCCCCCAGGAAGACCAUGACCUACGACCAGUUCCUCAUUGUUGACUGCCCAACGGCAUACAACGUCAUCAUAGGGCGAACGACACUCACCAGGAUCAAAGCCCACCUAUCCCCACACAUGUUGCUGAUGAAGUUCCCGACAAGCAACGGUACCGGAGCCAUCCGGGGCGACCAGCUCAGCGCACAGACGUGCUAUGCCACGGCCCUUAAGUCGGUAGCCAGCAAACCGCCAAUGGAAGCCAUGACUUUGCAGGGACUACCGAACGGUAACGAACUCAUUGACGACCCCCGAGAGGAAAACCCAACGCCGGCGGCACAGCCCGCCGAGGAGCUCGAGACCAUAAUCCUGAACAAGGAAUUCCCCGAUCAGUGGGUGAAGAUCGGUACCAAUCUGGACCCCGACCUCCGAGGGCGGUUCAUCGACUUCUUACGGCAGCAUGCGGAGGUCUUCGCCUGGUCUUAUGACGAUAUGCCCGGCAUAUCACCCGAUGUCAUCAGCCACAAGCUCAGCAUCUCCCCCGCCCACAAACCAAUCAGGCAAAAACGCUGA